ACUUCCUUGCUUGUCAGAAAUUUUGGUCAUUUACCUAAUAUUAUAUUGAUGUUUGUAACAUUUGUUUCUAGAAGAUGGCCGCGCAGGCUAUACGUCUUUUCCGUAAAAUGGAUGGUUUGUUUGCUGUGUACAAACCACAGGGAGUUCACUGGAAACCUGUUCGUGACAGCAUAGAGUCCAAUUUAUUAAAAGCGCUGAACUCCAGUCCUCCACCAGCUCCUCAGCUUGCAGUGCAGUUCCAGCUUCUGUCCAGUGGAGAGAACAGCAGCAGCUCCAAAGAUCUCGCAUUAUUAUACCCACUAUGGUCCCCACUCUGACAGACCAUCCUCUAGUGACCGGGCCGCAGUUUCAUAAGGUUCACGUCGGAGUUGGUCAUCGAUUGGAUGCUUUUUCCUCUGGGGUGUUGGUUUUAGGUAUUGGGAAAGGAAAUGGAGUGCUAGAGCAUCUGUGCAAAUCACAUGUAACCAGGGACUACAUGCUUGAGGGGGAGUUUGGAAAAGCCACUGAUAAUUUCACUGCCACAGGCUGAGUCAUAGAAAAAACUACAUAUGACCACGUUACCCAGGAUAAGCUAGAGAGAGUUCUUACAAUGACACAGGGAGCCAACCAGAAAGCCUUAAUUACGUAUUCUCAGGUGGAUCUGCGCACUCAGGAGGCUUACAAGCUUGCAGUGAGGGGUUUAUUGUAUCCUCAUGGUAAAAGCCCACCGAUUCUGACGGGUCUGCGUUGCAUACAUUUCAAUCCACCACAUUUCUCAUUGGAGGUCCAGUGUGUGAAUGAGACUCAGAAAUAUCUGCGUAAAUUGAUUCAUGAGGUAGGACUAGAGCUGCAGACUUGUGCGGUCUGUUCUGGAGUGCGUCGUACACGAGAUGGUCCAUUCAAAGUAGAGAAUACACUCACCUGACAACACUGGACUGCUGACAGCAUUAUACAAGUCAUUGCUCACUUUCACAAGACUACCCGCAGAAUCAGAAAAUCUGGAAUGUACAGGCAGACUGCUGGCCAAAUGAACUCAAGCGCAGAGGUCCAAGAGCAAAUCAGAAGUCAAACUGGACAGUCUGAGCAAAUAAAUCAAGAUGAAUUCUCAAGCUCUACUUCUGAUGCAGUUGUGGACAGAGAGACACCUGUGACAAUGAGUGAGGGGAGAACAAAACCUUGUUAAAUGAAUCAACUGCCUCAGUUAGGAUGAUUUGAUUCCUGAGAUGUAUUUAUUUGUUCACUCUAAUUUAGAAAUUUGUUAUACAAUCAUUUUGCAUAUUUAAAACUGCAUUUCUGUUAAGUUAUCAGUGUCAUCAUUGAUAAUAUUUAGGCUGUGUAUGUGUUAAUGUUUUACCUAUAUUUGUGAGGGCCAGAUGUCCUCACUUUAAUAGUGAAAUAAUUACAGAAUUAAUCUAUCGUGGGUCACUACGAAUACCACAUUUACAGUCGCAUCCAUUUGAUUUUGAUAGUGACACAUACCUGCAUGCAUGCAGCAGCAUCAGUAAAACAUUGGCCAGCGCAAUCUAUGGCUUUAAUAUUUCAAAAAAUAAUUUGAUAGAAUUAUGCAAUAAAAAAUUAAACAUUAUAACAAUGUAAAUUAAAGUAGGCUAUUUGACGAAACAUUCAGGCAAACAAAGAGACACAAGACAAAUAUUAAAC